AUGUACAUCAUCCCAGAGUACUCCUCCUCAGCGGCCAAUGAAACCUACCACGGACUGAUUCUUACACUACAAGAUGCCCUUUUGGUUCUAGAGGGCACGCGCCAAAACUUGCUCUACAAAGUCAGAAGACGACUCAAUGACAUUGAGCGCAAAAACAUAACGCUGGGCUCUGUCUUUGCCUGGAGCCAGACAGAGGGCGGCAUGAAACGCUGGACAGACGGCAAAACUUGGCUGGCAUCCAAGAUCAAAGGCCCUUUCCUCAUUUACCACGAGCAAGACGAGAACAGAAACCCGCUUCCCAACGGCUUGGUCAAGCAAACGUUUUCGCUCACAACAAAGCAGAACGAAAAGCUCAACUUGGUUUGCUACUACAACUCCAAGGAGCGCGCCGACGGCAUCAUCCAGGGCAAAAUCCCGUCCGAAGACCCGCUCUUGGUCAAUCUUCAAUUCGACCCCAACGUCUAUCUGAGCUCGGUUUUGCAAUUCAAGCCCACAGACUCGCCCUUGAACCAUCCGCACCAGGCCAUUCCGUCGAUGCAGAUGUACCCACCGGGCAAGAUGGUGCUGUAUGCGCCUCCGUACGGCGACCCGCAGUUCCAGUACUACCUGUCGGUGCAGCCCGCAUACUAUUAUCCUCCGCUGAUGCUCCCAUAUCCGUACAUGCAAGCGCCGCCGUUGGCCAUGCAGCAAUCGCACCAGAUGCCCCAGCUACAGCUGCAACAGGUGCUGCAAGUGCCGCAGCUUCUGGCCAUGCUGCAAGUGCCGCAGCCGCUGCUACUGCCGCCGCUCCUGCUGCAGGCCAAGCUGCAACACCCGGUGUACAUUCCUCGCUUGACUCUGGCCCUGUCGCCAUACGGAGAUCACAUGCCUCUUCCCAGUUGGUCAGCUGGUCCCCAACAGAACAUUCCCCGCGCGGUUCCAGAACCCCAGUAUCGCUGA